GAGGAGAGAACAGCAGUAGGCCGGGCGUGGAAGGCGCCCUGUUGCGGGACGUGGAGGUCCCUGCUGCAGGUGGGUUUGGUGCAUUCCAAGACACCAACUCUCUUCGUAGUACGUUCGGCAGUGCUUGCGUACAGCAGUCUGCUGCCGCUGGAGACACUGGUGAGAGUGUCACAGCAACCGAUCAAUCCAUUCAGGGGAGGUCGGGUGGAGAACGCGGCACGGCGGAAGGGUCGUGUCCACUGUUCUGUCUUGCUGUAGUAGCGGGCGGGGCGCACAGAAGUCGCCGGAAUUGAUGGUGCAACAGAACGGACGGAGGGGCCGUGAAUCGCGCAGUUUUGGCGCGCAUUCCAUCUGCGGUAAGGCGGUGGAGCACCAGGACGGUAGAGAGACCGUUGGGCAGGAUUGCCGGAGACACUCAACCAUGGAUCGACCGCGCGACGGCGCGGGGGGGGGGGGGCGCCGUACAUGCUUGAUGCUGGCGGUGUUUUGUUAAGUCGAUCCAAGGCCGGCAGUAGAGGCCGGGUAUGCAGUUGUUAGUGGAAGUCGAUUUUGUUUUCACGCACGGAAGCAUGUUGGUUGUGUCUGUUUUUGGAAGCGACAUCUAGGUGAUGGCCAUGUGCGUGUUCCUCUGGGCGCCGGUGUUGCGCAAGGGAGGGCACUAGGCUUAGGUUCCUGGUGUGCUUGUCUAUAAUGCAGACAGCGUAGAUGCUUGGGGUUCGUAGUACAGCGUUNAUUGGUGUAUCGGGCAGGUUGUAUAUUUCUCAAAAGCGGGCAUCCUUUGGAGAAUCGAGUUUGAUUGGUUUUUCAGUUGGAAACAGGUCAUGAUUUUGAGUUCGUGUAGGAUUGCAGAUGGUUGAACCGAAGGCAGGGAGAACGUACCUGUUCGAUGCAGUUUUCUUGUGGAAUGUAGAUAGACAGGGAGGGCGUUGCCUGUAUGUGUGUGACACCUGAAGAAUCAGUUGGUGCUGCACAGCAAGGAGUUCGUUCCAUCAUGUCGGAAGGAUUUGUCAGAGGCGUUGCUCGAGGUAGUAGAGCGUUGCCUAGAAUUUGUAAUCCGAGCGUCUGGAGUGGUUUUAUCUUUGUCUUCUUGCAGUACGGCCGUUGGAAUCAUCGGUGAUAUGGACGGCUAUUGGAAUUUGUUUGAGCCGUUGGAAUCUUUCGUGAUAUGAUCGGCGUGAGGCGUUAAAUUUUCUGAGGGGUUUUGAUCCGGUGGCCGNCGAAUCAUUGGUGAUAUGGACGGCUAUUGAAUUUUGUUUGAGCCGUUGGAAUCUUUCGUGAUAUGAUCGGCGUGAGGCGUUGAAUUUCUGAGGGGUUUUGAUCCGGUGGCCGGGUUUCCCCUAUACUUUUGGUUUGUCGUUGUGUUUCGGUUUUUCGGACGUAUUUUCGACGCACUAGAGGUUCUUCACUGGCGUAAAGAACCAGGGAGGGUGUUCGUGCGUAGAAAUAGAUAGUCGAAAAGUAGCCGUUACGUAGGACGCAACUGGGACAACUUGAAGGGUAUGUGCUGAGAGGCUUUGGAUGAUAGUGCGGAGUCCCCGUAUUCUCUCGAGAAUUGGGGCCUCUCCUCCUUCUCCCUCUCUCCUCUCUCAUGCGAGCUAAUACACACAGUUAAACAGCAGCCCCAAGUCCGCCGGUCUUAACAGGGCUAGGGCUCA